AUGGGCAACAAAGUCACGUAUUGUACGACGAAUUCACAGGAUGUACAAUCGAUAGACGAGCCUCCAGAGAAAUCGACGAUGCUCAACGUGCCCUCAACGUCCAACGGAUUGACAGCGAAGCCAGCGAUCGGCCGCUCCGAAUAUGGUCGAGUCAAAGUAGCCCUGCCAAGAGGAAAGGGGCUUAUGGAUUGGGUGCUGUUGACAAAGGACAAAAUGUUGGCGAGAAAACAAAUGAAAUGGGUGGAUCACGAGGAAUUAUCAAAACACAAUACGCAAGACGAUUGCUGGAUUCAUAUUUUUGGACAGGUCUACGAUGUCACUUCGUAUCUCGAAUUUCAUCCGGGUGGCAUUCCUGAAUUGAUGCGAGCAUCGGGACGAGAUGGAACAGCGCUUUUCAAUCAAUAUCAUGCUUGGGUUAACUAUGAGAACAUGUUGAAGAGCUGUUUCGUCGGACAUUUCAAAGGGGAUUUAACGAAAUUGAAACCAUGCGAUCCACCGACUACUUUCAACAAUGAUGCAACAAAAAACGGCGAUGAAACGAUACGGGGAAACACUAUGGUUCUGACGAUGUUCGAUCGACUCAUCAUCGCGAAUCCGGAAUGGAAAGAUAUCUCAACCGAUUGUUUGGUUGUGUCGAGGACGAAAAAUUCGCUUCGUUUACUCAUUAGACCCUAUGGAAAAGAGACGAUUCAAGCAGAAUGGAUUGGAGUGCCAAGGCCGAUCGCUGAAGCCUCUUACAAGAUUGAAAUCUCCGGUGAACAGAUAAUCCUCGCCUUUGACAUCUCGAUCUCAAUUAAAGUUCUCGAAUCACCCGGAUUGUAUCGAUUCGAUCGGAAACCGAUGUUACGCUAUCAUAAGGCCACAAUUUCAUCAAUUCGAGAGCUCAACCACGAUAUUUUGCUGAUCAACGUGCAAUUAGCUGACGGGAUUUCGAUGCCAAUUCCAAUUGGGCACCACAAUUCGAUUGGGAUACGGAAAGGAGCAGCCACCCUCUACCGCGAGUACACGCCGACGUCGAGUGACGGAAAAACGCUACAGUUCAUGAUCAAAAUCUAUCAGGAUGGCCUGUGCACUCCAUCGAUUCGCUUGUGGAAAGAGGGCGAUGAAAUCUCGAUCUCGGAUCCGAUCGGUGACUGGGAUCUGAAUGAAUGGACAAAAGGAGAUGAGUUAGUUGUGCUGGCUGCGGGAAGUGGAUGGACGCCGAUGAUUGGAGUGAUCGAGAAAGCACUUAAAGAGGAUCAAAUGAAAGGUAUCUCGCUCUUCUACUUCAACAAGACCGAAGCGGAUAUUGUCGACGAUUCGUGGAUGCCUUUUCGAUGGAAUAAUGACAGGAUAAAGGUGAAUCACGUGUUGUCCCGACCCUCAGCCGAAUGGAAGGGUUCAACGGGUAGAAUUACGACCGAGCUGUUGGAGGAAGUAUCUAAGUCUCGUCAAUCGCAGAAAGUUCUCGUUUGCGGUCCGGAUGGUUUCAUUCAAACGGCUACAGAAAUUCUCAUGGAUCUCGACUAUACCGUCAAACAAGUGCACAUAUUUCAAGGA